CAGCAGCUGAGCGCUUUGCAGCUGCGCUACAGUCUGAAGAGUUAGACGCGACUCUCUGCGCUUUCAGGCAACACCCAUGAAGUUAAUAAAAAGCCAAGUCUCUUAUCAGAGUGGGCUACUGUGUAUGACCCUGUGUGUGUGUACGGAAUUAUAGCAGACUCCUUGAAACUCGAUCUAAAUCCUCCUUCAGGUGCCAUCCUCUGGUUCAGCUCCAUCAGCGACAUGUCCACCACGAAGAGCCCUAAGGUGUCUGAGUCGGCUGACCCAUGCCAGCCAUCCUCUCCUUCGGCGGAGAGCAACAGAUUCCUGGGGGCCGGUCCGGAACCAGAAUUCGUCCCCGUGACGCGGCCUUCACUGCUGACAAGACGUCUGGUGCGUUUAGGAGCAUGCCGAAGCCACUUGAGCCCCACAAGACGUCGGAAGAGGGAGAUGAUCCCGGCCGACAAGAAGGAUGCCAACUACUGGGAUAAGCGGCGCAAGAACAACGAAGCAGCCAAGCGGUCCAGGGAGAAGCGGAGGGUCAACGACCUGCUCAUGGAGGGCCAGCUGCUGGCUCUGAGUGAGGAAAACGCCCAGCUGCGGGCUCAGGUGCUCAACCUGCAGUACCACAACCUGAGUUUGGAACAAGGCAAAGUUGCCUCAGCAUGUGCAUCAUCCUCUGCAUCCGUGUUGGCUUCCACACUGUCUUUAUCCACCCACACCCCUGCUUUCCUACAAGCGGGGCUCUGGCGCCCCACUAGGAGCAGCCCAGCUGCUGUUUCCGGUGUGAGGCAACAAGAAACUGCGGUGCAUCACUUUGAGGGCAAGAUUCCUUGUUAUAGUCCCAUUUUUAACCCACUAAGUCAUCAUUACUUUGUCGCAAAAGGCCCAGUCCCUCUGUCAGGGCACCGAGUUCUCCCCCAUGGAGGAGCUGCAGGGAUUUGCAGGCCAGCAGAGGCGGACAUGGACCCCCAGAGACAGGUCUCCUCGAGCAGCGAUGACAGCUCCAUAUCUGCCGACGCACCCCCCCAUCCUCUCUCCGCCCUGCCAGCGCUUCUGCCCCCCUUUAACGCCCUCCACAAUGCCCCCACCGUCGGAUAUCCGCAUCAGAACUGGGUGGUACCCCAUCUGAACCACCCGGCUAUGUGGCGCUCCUCAUACCUGCAGACACCCACAGUAUAUCCCGGCCGGCCCGUUCACAUGCAAGGCGUGGAGGAACACCUCUAGAGGGGAUUCAUGAGCUGAUACAACACGGAACAAUAAGAAACUCUCAGGAUGUUGCAGUAAGGAUGGAGACCUGCAGCUUAACUUUACAAAACUUACCCUAGCACAAAAAAUGAACAAAUCCCCCAAAACAAAUUUAAAAGUGAGAAGGACAACCAGUAUGAAAAUUUUUCAAUUUCCAGUACACAAAUCAUGCAGGGGAGAAAUGUAUUUGGACAUAUAGAGAUUUAGUGUAUGCAUGUUUCCCAUAUCGCCAAGAUAAAUCGCUCUUGUUCUGGUACUAGUCAAUUUUACACAAUGGGACUGAAAGGUUUAAGAUUAUGUUUUAUAGUGUUAUCAACUUCAUGCGCAAAUUAAUCAUGAAAUAUUCUGAUAUUUUUUGGUAGAAUUAAAAAUACUGGCCUUGUAUGCUUGGA